GAAUAGAAAUACAGCCUAGAAUCAGCUUAUCGUUAAAAAAUAGAACAUAUGACGGAUAAAACAUUUGCACAACGAUGUGUAACUGGCCCUGGUGAUUUAUUACCGGCUCCUUUCUGGUGUUUCCUGAGCACUUAAGUUGAAGUAAGACAGACGGGAUUGAUCGUGUGUUGCGUUUCUACGCUGGGAGCUUCCUGUGUAUGUUUGUGGCCGCUGGGAAAUCAGAAACACCACUGAGCUUCUCACGCUAGACGUCCACAAAAUUGUCUUUUGGGAUCCACGGUACCGCCGGGGAAAUGUCUUCUGUCGGUCCCGACCCGAACACCAGCAUGCUGGAGCCCGAGACGGGAGUUCUGCAGCCGCAGACCGUCUUCGUCAUCCUGGACGCGGCGGAAAGUCUUAAUGUGCUGCAGGUGGAAUCCGGCAUCGUGGCCGACAUCGAGGUGGACGCUCUGUUGCCGUCAGACUGCGACACCUUCUACCAGAUCAAGAGCCAGCCCAUCGGCACCAGCGCCUACCCCUCCUCUUCUUCCUACUCGUCCUCCGUGCCGGCGGCCAUGUCGUCCAGGGUUCUGCUGCGCCAGGAUCUGAUGCGGCAGCAGGCGCUGCAGGAGGAGCAGAAGGAGGCGCAGCAGCUCCUGCGUGUGCCCGCCUUCUCCUCGCCCGUCUGCGUCAGCGCCACCUCCAGCGGACCGCCCGCUCAGGUGCCCGUAGAAGUGCUGAAGGUGCAGACCCACCUGGAGAACCCCACCAGGUACCACAUCCAGCAGGCUCAGAAGCAGCAGGUGCGGCAGUACCUCUCCUCCGCCAGCCGCAACCUUUCGACGCCAAGCCCCGACCCCGCCGGCCGCCAUGCGCUCAGCAGCCCCAAGGUGGAGAUGGAAGAGACGAUCAUAGAUGACGUCAUCAACAUGGAGUCCAGCCUCAAUGACGACUUCCUGAUGCUGCUCCACUCGCCACAGCAUGUCGCUACCACGCUGCCCGCGGCGGGAACGGCGCCGGACGUCUACGGGGACAGCGGCGGGAUGGCCACGCCCACGCUCGCCGUGAGCAACAGCUGCCCGGCCGACCUGCUCGCCAUCAAGCAAGAGGUCAACGAGGUGGACACAAAGGUGCUGAUGAAGGAGCGACAGAAGAAGGACAGCCACAACCUGAUCGAGAGGCGGAGACGCUAUAACAUCAACGACCGCAUCAAAGAGCUGGGAGCGCUCGUGCCCAAGUCGCCUGACCCGGACAGCAGGUGGAACAAAGGGAGCAUCCUGAAGGCGUCGGUGGAUUACAUCCGCAAACUUCAGAAGGAGCAGCAGCGGGCACGCGACAUGGAGAGUCGACACAAACGCCUGGAAAACGCCAACAGAACCUUGAUGCUCAGGAUACAGGAGUUGGAGCUUCAAGCCCGCCUCCACGGUGUCCCCUCUUGUUCUUCCUCAUCCUCGUCUCUGGAUGGCGCCCUGGGUGACCCGCGGGCCUUCCUCUCUCUGGCAACCGGUGCCACCGUGCCGCCGUCCUUAGACUCGUUUAGCUUGGCCGGGCUCAGCGAGUCUCAUGGGCUUGCCGACGUCUUCUCUCCGGACCUGAUGAACCACGUCGGGCUGGUGGCGCUCGAUGACCUGGGAGACAUCCUGAUGGAGGACGGUGGGGGCGUGAUGUCGCCCGCGGGUGGCGCUGACCCCAUGCUGUCCUGUGGCGUGUCACGCUGCAGCAGCAGGAGGAGCAGCUUCAGCAUGGAUGACGACCUCUGACCUAUAUCUACAACAUGUCUGUCACCAUGGUAACUGCAUCAUCAACCUGUCACCAUGGUAACUGCAUCACCAGCAUAGCUCCAUCUUCUAUGACAACCAUGUCACCACACCCUAUCUCCAUGGUAACUGCAUCACCACCGCAGCUCCAUGCUCUACUGACAACUUUGUCGCCACCCUCUGUCACCGUGGUAACUUUGUCACCACCUUCUGUCACCAUGGUAAUCUUGUUAACCCCCUCUCACCAUGGUAACUGCAACAUAAAACCUCUGUCACCAUGGUAACUACAUCACCACCGCAGCUCAAUGCUCCAUGACAACUUUGUCAUCACCCAAAAUCUCCAUGUUAACUGCACCAUCACCCUGUGUCACCGUGGUAACUGCAUCAUCACCCAAUGUCACUAUGGUAACUGCAUCAUCACCCUGUGUCACCGUGGUAACUGCAUCAUCACCCAAUGUCCCCAUGGUAACGGCAUCAUCACCCAAUGUCACCAUGGUAACUGCAUCAUCACCCUCUGUCACCAUGGUAACUGCAUCAUCACCCUCUGUCACCAUGGUAACUCCAUCACCCUGUAUCACCAUGGUAACUGCAUCAUCACCUUCUGUCACCAUGGUAACUGCAUCAUCACCCUGUAUCACCAUGGUAACUGCAUCAUCACCCUGUGUCACCAUGGUAACUGCAUCAUCACCCUGUGCCACCAUGGUAACUGCAUCAUCACCCUGUGUCACCAUGUUAACUGUAUCACCACCCAAUGUCUCCAUGGUAACUGCCUUAUCGCCUGUGUCACCAUGGUAACUGCAUCACCACCAUCUGUCACCAUGGUAACUGCAUCAUCACCCUGUGUCACCAUGGUAACUGCAUCAUCACCCAAUGUCUCCAUGAUAACUGCAUCAUCACCCUGUGUCACCAUGGUAACUGCAUCAUCACCCAAUGUCUCCAUGAUAACUGCAUCAUCACCCUGUGUCACCAUGGUAACUGCAUCAUCACCCAAUGUCUCCAUGGUUAUUGCAUCAUCACCCUGUGUCACCAUGGUUACUGCAUCAUCACCCUGUAUCACCAUGGUUACUGUAUCAUCACCCAAUGUCUCCAUGGUAACUGCAUCAUCACGCUGUGUCACCAUGGUAACUGCGACAAAUAGACUAAGAGGGAAAAAAACAUGUCGUUUGUACCCACGGGUGUGAGUGACCCCUGACCUCUGAAUAAGGACUUGCAGUAGCUAGCUACAUUAGCAUCAUGCUAACCAGCAACUAUGUCACAAAGGAUUAUUUUUCAUAUUUGGAAAAAAAAACGUUAUCUCUUAAACUUUGAAAUGUAUCAGCUUCAUGCAGCCAAUGGGCGCCCUCCAUAGCCGAAAGCUGCACCCUGGUUGGUCGUGGGAUUCAGAGACGCCAACUGCAAGCAUUUUUUUUUUGCUUGUUAUCUUGUGUGCUGGUUCAAAAAGUGGUGGAAUCAUUUCUCUUCUGGACACGCCCACAUCUGUGACGUCACACUCCAGCUGUAAAAAGUGUGUAUGCUAAGCUUCUGUCACUUUUAAAGUGUUCAUCGCUGGCACGUUGAGUUUUGAUCCUCACCAGCAGAGGGCGUCAGUGACUUGAUUUUGUGGACGUCAGCUAACACUUGUUAGCACUUAGCCGUGGCAUUAUAAAGUCACCAAAGUCAUCUGAUGCUAGCUGCUGAUCGUCUCGCUAACACUCAACAAAGUGUUGGUUCUUUUUUUAAUCGCUGUGAUGAUGGGCUUGUUGCUAUAGCAACAGCUCACAUGAAAUGAGUUGUUCCACAAAGGGAUCCGUGUUUGUGUCUGAUCACGCAACGUUGUUUGUACCCACGCAAUACAAAUAUAUAACUUUUAUAUAGAAAUAAAGUGUUUACAAUUGA